UCCUCAGUUCUUUGGAUGAGCUGUGGUUCUGCCUUCGCGCGAACAACAUCGACCAUUCCAUCACGCAUCAUUCCUCCAAGCACGCCGUCCCGUUCUGCGACAGGUUUCAGUUAUCCCUUCACCACUGCUUCUUGCUUCUUCAUCAGCACUACUUCAGACUUGUCUUUCCUGGGUUCUGCUUAUUCUGCACGUGAGAUGUUUGUGAAAACGCCGCACUGAUAACCAUUGCGUUCUCUUCUUCUCCCGGGCUUAGUUCUAUCAUACUCGCCGUUACUUCGGUAUAGAUUCGGAGGUCGUAUUGGGAAAAUCUGCUCUUUUUUGGGGGGUUUUCCUCAUUGCGGUUUGCACUUCUAGUCGAAAUGUCACUUCUGAUCUCGCCAACCUUCAUGGCUCCAUGUCAUUCUGAUCAUUUGGGAACAUCGACAUCGAAAUCUCAUAGACUUGCAUCACCAGGGAGGACCUUUUUCGUUUCCACCCGCAGCGGUGCCCCCUGUUUAGUUAAAGACACAACCCACAGAGUGUUCAGACCGACACGCUUGACAGCAUCCAAGUCUAGUGCAGUAGCCAGCGGCUCUCAACCAGAUACCGAUAAUGCACUAUCUAUCGACUGGGGGGAGCAGGAAUUAGAUGGAACUGAAGAGUUGGACUCGCCAUGGGGAGGAGCCAUUAUUUACCGGAGAAACUCUUCGGUGUCACAUGUGGAGUACUGCACGACGCUGGAGAGACUCGGUCUAGAAAAGCUCUCGACCGAUACAUCCAAGUUGAGGGCUUCUGCAUUGGGUUUGCGUGUCACGAAAUCUGUGAAGGAUUACCCACUCGGGACGCCUGUUCUGAUCUCUGUCGACGUGACUAGGAGGAAAAACAAGUUGAGGCUCGAUGGUAUUAUUAGGACUGUCAUCACUCUUGGAUGCAACAGGUGCGGAGAGCCGGCAGCUGAAUCUGUAUUCUCCAACUUCUCCAUUUUAUUGACCAACGAGCCCAUCGAGGAACCUAAGAUACUUAGCUUGGGUACAAUCUCUGGGGAAGAUAAGUCUAAGUCAUCACCUGGGUUCAUAGACAAGGUAGAGGAAGGAGAUGCCGAUGAGACUGAAAUCGACAUGGAUGAUUGGCUUUACUUCCCUCCAGAAGAGAAACAGAUCGAUUUAUCAAAAAACAUAAGGGACCUGGUGCACCUGGAGAUCACCCUAAAUGCCGUGUGCGAUCCCAGUUGUAAGGGCUUGUGCCUGAAGUGCGGGACGAAUUUGAACACGAGUAUGUGCAGUUGUAGCAAGUCAGAUGCGAGGAAGAAAAGUUUCGGCCCUCUCGGGAAUUUGAAAAAGCAAAUGCAACAACUGUAAAUAUGUAACUCAAACAUGUUAUCAUCCGAGUAGAAACUAUGUUGCUGGCAUGAUCA